CAUAUAGCAUUUCGUUAACUAACAGUGUUACUAAAAUUUCGAAAACAAAUAUAAAAAGCGAAAUGCAAAAAUUCCUUCAUGCCACAGAUUUUCAAAGUUUGAUGUAUCCCUGUUUUACAUUGUGCCGCAUUCUCGGAACAUUUCCAUACACAAUCAAUGAUAUGAUCUUUGAGACUUCAAGACCACAGUAUAUCUUAUCGGUUAUAACUACCUGUGUCUCAUGUGUUUUCACUCUGACAAUUCUCUAUCAGCUCAAUAUUAUUACAAAGAGUACAAACUUCGAAGCCAUAACAUCUUCUUUAGAAAUUAUCUGCUCUUCUGUACCAUGUUGUUUUAUAAUAAUUGUCACGCUCGUCUCGAGCAGUUCGCGAAUGCGCUUGUUGCAGACCAUAAAAGAGAUCUCUUCGAGACUGUCACCGAAAUCAUACCAGAAGUUAUCUAGAUUAAUUCACACCAAAGAUAUCUUUGGUUCCUUAUGUAUGAUCUGCAACGUUUUUCUAUACGUGUACAAAAUGAUGGGCUUCAAUAUCAUCUUCAUGAUAUUUUCAACACACGCAGUUCUACUACCAUUUACAAUGGAUAUGUUGUAUAUGAACUGUGUCUGUAUAUUGAAGGCCUGUUAUAAAGAAAUUAACAAUAGUCUUUUAUAUAUGCAAGAAUUUAUAAUAAACAAGAAACCACCUGUUACCAUGAUGUUUUAUGAGCAGAGAAAUACAUUCCUGAUAAUGAAACUUAAGACUCUGAAGAAGCAACAUCUGAUGAUCAGCAACACAGUACAGAUGCUGAACAGAAGUUUCAGUUUGCAACUUCUUGCUACGAUAGUAACAUGCUUCUCUGGAAUCAUUUUCGGACUGUACCACUAUUUCCAUAUAGUGGAGUGGUAUAAUGAGAUUUUAAAUUUGACAGAAAUAAAUGAAAUGAUGCUAAUAGGCACGAUAUAUAGCAUUGUAAAAUUAUUGUUACUUGCGUGGGUUUGCGAGACCGGCAAGAAUCAGGCCGAAGAGAUCCGUACUACGAUUCAUGAUGUACUGAACAGCAACAAAGAUGAGCAAAUAAAACAUGAGUUGCAGUUGUUUUCUUUACAAAUACUACAUAGCAGUACGUUUUUUGCCAAAGGUCUCAAUAUAGACGCGAAAUAUUUCGCUACGAUGGUGGGUACUGUCACUACAUAUAUGUUAAUUUUGCUACAAUUCAUGAAGAUAGCACAUUCUUGCGAUGGAAAUUCUACAAUCAAUAAACUAUAAAUAAUGUAAUUUCAUAAAAGGAAAUAAUCAAAGAAAGAUUCCUUUUAUAUUCAUAAGCACUUAUUCGUAUGUAUA